GGAUAUAAAUCUACUUUGUGUGCAUAAAAUGCCUUUGCAAACCCUGAUAUUAUUUUGUAAAAGUAGCAGUGACAUCAUUAUUGUGCUGUACAUAGCCUGUGAAGACAGCAGAGCUGUGGGUGGGGCCCAGAAGGUUCCACCCGCUGCAGGCUGCCUGCAGAAAACUACAGGAGGGGGUGGAGACAAGACCAAGGAAAGCGAGCAGCAGAUAUCCUGUACUGAGGCAAUGUUUCACAGUGGAUUACUGCCCAGAUCUGGAAGAAACACACAGAUCACACCAAGAUUCCAGUAAGAAUGCACA